AUGGCUGCUCGUAUCAGAGGGAUCCUGAAGAACGUGAAAGACCACAUCAGAGAGUGCUCUUCGUGUCAGAGCCGGAGAGGCGCCGAUGACGGCUCUGGAUCUCGACCCUUCAGCCGGCCGGGGAGACGCAAGGCGGCCGCCGCUAACGCUAACGCUAAUAAUGAGGAAGAGGAGGAAGAGGAGGAAGAGGAGGGAGACGAUAGUUUGGUCUUCACUGACUCGUCUUCUCAGCUCAGAUCCAUGAAGACGCCGGUGAAGCACGAACUGGUGUUUGUGGACAGUAAAGGAGAGGUGAAUCAGUUCCUUCCUAAUCACAGUCAGACGAUGUUGGACAAACUGAACCAGCAGCGUCUCACCAACCAGUUCUGUGACAUCACGCUGCUGAUUGAGGGGGAGGAGCAUCGCGCCCACAAGGCCGUGCUGGCGGCGUGCAGCGAGUACUUCAACGAGCUCUUCUUCGAGAAGGGCGCCGCCUCCACGCACGAGGCCGUGGUGGACCUCUCCGGCUUCACCAAAGUCAGCUUCCUGCCGCUGCUGGACUUCGCCUACACGUCCGCGCUCACCUUCAACUUCUGCGUCAUGGCCGACAUCGCCAACCUGGCUCGCCACCUGCUGAUGACGGAGGUGCUGCAGAUCUGCGAGUCGGUGCACAAGCAGGUGGAGGAGCAGAAGCUGACAGUGUACCAGAGGGGAGACGUGCACACGGUGGUGUCCAGCCAACCGGCGCCAGCUCGGGACGGCACCAAGGAUGAGUCGACCGCCUUCUUGGUCACCAUGGAGAGCGACGGCCGGGGCGUGGUCACGCAGAGCGGCGAGCCCGUGGCAUUUGUCGCUCCUCCCGAGGAGGACGCCUACGCCCAGCGGUCCGUGAGCGACGUCGCCGAGGGAGAAGAGGUGCAUUGUGGGGAGGCCGGACAGAGCGAGACGGUGACCCUGAUCGCUCAGGAGCCGGGAGAGACGCUCACCCUUAUCUCUGGCGGCGCGGAUGGACCGGAGGGCGACACGAUGACCGUGGUCACGCACAGCGGGCAGGCCGGGGCCAGCGAGUCCCUCGCCGUGGUGUCCGCCUGCCUGGCGAUGGAGGAGCAGCCGCCGGCCUUUGAGGCCUUCGUCAUCAACGUGGACCCGGGGAAAGGGAGUCCCUCGGAGGUCUUCAAGCUGGCCUCUGAAGCGACGAUGGCGGCGGCGGUAGAAUCGGCUCCUCCCACUCCCCAGAAACGUAAACGUGGACGUCCGGCGAAGGCGAAGAGGGAGGUGGAGGAGUUCGUCCCUCUGGAGGAGGAGGAGCCGUCUGCUGACGAAGGACACGGAGACAAACAGGACACCGACGACCCCAACAGAAGACGACUCCGGCAGCGCUCCAUCGCUGAAGGGGGGUACGCCCGGCUCCACAUGGGGCUGGAGGAGGAGGAGGGGGGGAGGGGGGGGGCAACCUCGUCCUCACCGAGAGCCGUCACUCCGAAGGUAAGUUUAAAUACACAGUCUAUCAAAUAUAGAAUAUAUGAAGAGCAACGGAUCAGAUCAAGAGAAACAUGAUGAUCCACGUUGUUAAAGAUCAGUAAACAUCACAAAUAUUACGUUAUACUUUUACUUUGUUUUAGUAAUGUAGUGUUCUCUUUCUUCAUAAAAACACACAAUUCAA